AUGUUCGCGCACUAUUCUCCCGCGAGUAGGGCUCCAGGAGGUUGCGCUGCGGUCUCCAGGAGGCUGCUUGUCAUGAAUUUUCGCCCUCCAAACUACACAUCGCCCCUUUGCGGUGCUAGAGUAACUUUUGCGAUAAGGAGUCACCGCUUCUUCAGCGUCCCGCCCCUUUGUGAUUAUAGUACUAUCGACCGAAGAUUUUUCUCCUCAGCCCCUUCCCCCCCAUCUGAAACUACGAGCGAGAACGACAACGGCAAAGACCAAAAAUCCCCACUCGGGAGCUCGCACGCGAUCGUGGAAAACACCGGCUCGGUUGCCCGCGACCAUCUCGCAAACGAGCGGACCUUUCUCGCAUGGGCGAAGGUCGGCCUUGCGUUUACCGCGGCAGGUACGGCCUUGUUCUCCGCGUACCACACCGAACGGGAGUUAGCCGACCGCGUAUCGAAAUACUCCCUGGAAAAUAAAAAGCAGGACCAACAAAAAACCUCCACGAACACGGAUGUUCCUGAAAAAUCUCAGCAAGAACUCCUAUCAACGAGCACACAGCGCAACAGAAGUUCCGCAGCAAGUAGUAGAAAUGCGCGAAAAGAGAAGAUCACGCUAGCCUCGGGGCUUCUCUGGGCCAACGGCGGCUUGCUGCUCUUGUACAGCCUGUACCGGUAUUUGUCUGUCCAGAGAGCACUGUUGAAAGGCCAGUUCAUCCUCGCGAAACGCGGCUUGUUUGCCGUUACGUUUUGCACGGCAGUGUGCACGGGUGGUGCGCUGGUACUCGUGUAUUUGAGUUGAUAGGUCCAUUUUGACUUUUGAUAAUAAGUGCAACGGAAAAAUAUUCAUUCUGUUUAGAAGAGAGGGAAUCAUGUAUGUCGACGUCAGAAGUUGUUGCGAAGCAAAUCAAUGCUCCUUUCGGAAGCAACGUGGAUGCGGCUACUUACGCCCUCAGCUUGUUCGAAUAAUA